AUGCAAACAAUGACUUAAUUAUGUAUAUAUUUCAAUUAUAUAGAACUUAGUGGUUUCUCAUUUUUUUCACCCAGAAAUAUAAGAGAUAAUUAACAUCUCAUUCUCAAAUCAACUACAACCUUUCAUACUAAAAAAAGAUAAUUGAUCUUUGUAAAAAAGAAAAAAUAAAAAAGUAUUUCCCUUCCACACUCCUGUCGAUUCCCAUAAUUAGAAGAUGAUCAAUAUUUGAAAACCUUAACAUUGAAGGAAAGAAUAAAGAAACGAUAUUUCUAACCUUUAAAGAAUGCUGUUGCUAAAAUCACUGAAAUUAGACAAUAACAAUUGUCAAGAAGAAAAUCAACAUAUGGAUUAAUUUUUGGUUAAUUAACAUAAAAAGAAAUGCUUAAUCUUCCAACUACAAUUGAAUAACAUAAAUAAGUAAAUAAAUAAGAACUGGCUUUGGCAAGCUUUGCAAUAAUGUUAGAAAGAAAAUAAAGAAAAAAAACAACUAGAAAGUUAUCCAAAAAGCUUUCUAAGCAAGAAUCUUUAGUAGGUAACAAGUAUAAUUUAUAAUUAUAAGAAUACGAUAAUAUGGAAAGACCUCCUUCUUGUAAAACUCCCCCUAAAUUGUUCUUGAUUACUAAACCAUAAAUCAAAUCUAAAAUUCAAUCAGAAAAAGAAAGAUGUUUCAAAGGAUUAGAUAUGAAAAUGUGUCAUUUUUUAUCUAGUUAACUUUAAAAAAAAGCUUUGCCUUAAAAAACUUAAAAAGUCAAAUAACAUUUUCAAACUUAAUCUUGUGCUUCACUUCAAAAUCUCUAAAUGUAUUCUUUUGCAUCAUCUCCUCGUCUAAAGGUCACUGUAAAAUAAUGUACAGAAGUCAAUUUGGCUCUUUUAAAAUAAAAAAGUAAAUCAACUAUAAAAGCUGAAAGACCUUAUAUAUAGCAUAACAGUUAAUUAUUAAAAAAGAUACAGUAGACAUUUGAAAUCAAAAACACUAAUUGGUCAAAAUAAAAUUCACUUGAAUAAAAAUAAUAAAACUGA